GUUUGUGUUGAUGUUUGAUGGAGUGGAGGAGGCUGCUGCUGGAUGCAGACGCUGUUUUUGUUCAAACAAACCGUCCAAAAAAACGCUCAGGGGCCCUUCUGUCGUCUGCUACGGUUCGGUAAGAACCUCAGCUCGGUGAGUGGAGCUAAACGGCCGGGCCGGAGGGCGAACAAACCGAAGCAUUUGAUCCUGAAAGGCAGGACUCGUCAGCCCGCCGACCCCCUCCCUGACAGCCGCACGGACAGCCAUGACGAUCCUGCCCAAGAAGAAGCCCAGCGCCGGUGUCGGCGUCUCGGACCACGCCGAUGACAGCGACCGCCGGAGCGGCUCCGACCCGCACCAGCACCCGCACCCGCACGCAGGGCGGACCGGCGCCAGACCGAGGGCUUCCCCUCCGCCGUGGUCCUAUCAGUCCGCCCCGCCGUCCGUCAGGGAGGACCGGCGGAACAUCGAGGCGAGCUCCCGGCCGCAGCAGGCCUCUCCGCCGCCCGUCAGCUCCGUCUCCCCUGUGGGACCGGGCGACGGCAGGGACAGCAGCGGCGGCAUGGUGGCAGGGGCCCGCGGGGAGCUGGUCGUGUCAGCCGGUGUGGUUAGCUGCGGCGGAGGCAUCGGGAGCUGCUGCUCCGGGCCCGGACUGAGCAAGAGGCGGCGGCAGGCAGGCACCUGCUCCGGCGGGGUGGUGGCGGCUCUGGCCGGCGGAGGCCAGCCCGGUGUGACCGGGCCGGGAGGGGUAGUGGGUUCUAACCAGGAAACAGAAGAGGGAGCCGGUAACAACAGCGAGGACGAGUACGAGAACGCCGCCCGGCUGCAGUCCGUGGACCCGGCUACCGUGGAGCAGCAGGAGCACUGGUUUGAGAAGGCGCUGAGGGAGAAGAAAGGCUUCGUCAUCAAGAAGAUGAAGGAGGAUGGAGCCUGUCUCUUUCGAGCUGUGGCUGAUCAGGUCUACGGUGAUCAGGAUAUGCAUGAAGUUGUCAGGAAACACUGUAUGGAUUACUUGAUGAAGAAUGCUGACUAUUUUUCCAACUAUGUGACGGAGGAUUUCACCACAUACAUCAACAGGAAGAGGAAAAACAAUUGUCAUGGCAACCACAUUGAGAUGCAAGCAAUGGCUGAGAUGUACAACAGGCCGGUGGAGGUUUAUCAGUACAGCACAGAGCCAAUCAACACGUUCCACGGCAUCCAUCAGAACAACGAUGAGCCAAUCAGAGUCAGCUACCACCGCAACAUCCACUACAACUCUGUGGUCAACCCCAACAAGGCCACCAUCGGAGUGGGACUGGGACUCCCGGCCUUCAAACCCGGGUACGCCGAGCAGUCGCUGAUGAAGUCGGCUAUCAAGACGUCGGAGGAGUCGUGGAUCGAGCAGCAGAUGCUCGAGGACAAGAAGAGAGCGACAGACUGGGAGGCGACAAACGAGGCCAUCGAGGAGCAGGUGGCCCGUGAGUCGUACCUGCAGUGGCUGCAAGACCAGGAGAAACAGGCCAGACAGCCUCGUAAGGCUAGUGCCACCUGUAGCUCAGCGACGGCAGCAGCUUCUAGUGGACUAGACGACUGGAGUGCCCGGUCACCACGGCAACGUGACUCAGACUCCUCCCACUCCGACCUCGCAACUAUCCCAGUGACCAAUAAUAAGCCUCCUUCCCCAGCGGGAGCCGCGCUCAUUUUAAGCAAACCGCCGUCACCCUGUGCACCAGGUCCUAGUCACCAAAGUCGGCAUCAUCUGGAGUACAGAGCCAUCAUGCAGGAGAUGUCACCGACGGCAUUUGGUCUCACGGACUGGGAGGACGAUGAGAUCUUGGCUUCCGUGUUGGCGGUCUCGCAGCAGGAGUACCUGGACAGCAUCAAACACCAGAGCGCCACCAUGCAUCGAGAACGAGAGCCGUCCCCCGACAGUAGCUGAUGGCCCGCCCACACUUGCACACAUCAAAAACAAUGACCUUUGACCCUCCUGUCCCUGCCACCACCCACAGAAGAUUAAAACAAUUUCAAAAUGAUCACUUGAGUUAUAUUUUCCAGAAAUCAUCAAAUCCUCAACUUUUCCAGUUCUUUGGUUCCUCUAAUCUCUGAUUCCGCCCCCUUUUCCUGCUUUUCUACUUGAUCCUGUAAUACACUAAUCAUGAUCCUGCAUUACCAGACUCUGCCUCCUUUUUUCUAGCUGUCAUUCAUGUCAGUACAGCGCCAUGUUUAUGUUAACGAGGUUAAUGAGGGAGCAUGUUUACCACCUGCUAGCUGUCACUCAAAGCACAAAGUAAGAACGUACGAUUUUCAAGACUUCCUGUGUGAGCUUUUACAGCAGCUGUGACUGUGUGAGCGGGACGUGAGCAGAGCACGAGUGGGCUGUGAGUGGAGUCAUUGUGCAAAAUUUCUAUUUAGGUUUUAUGUUAAACAUCCUCACAGUUGUCUAACGGGUUUUAGAAGGAGCCAUGUUCUGCUGGGACACACCCACACAAUCACUCCUGCUCCCCCUCCCUUCUGAAAGGGGGUGUGGCAAUCAGCAGGUCUUUUCUGUUUAAAGCAGCACAUGCAGGAGAAGGCUGCUCCUGAUUGUUUGAUCCGGUUGGUUUUUAUAGCUUUGCUAGUCAUGUCACAGAGCCGCUGAGACAAUGUCCACAAACUGGGGACCUCUGGUGGACUUGGAUCCAGAUUAGUUUCAUCCUCAGGACAGACACUGUUUUACUCAAGAGCUCUUUGACACAUGGAUGAGGGAACUGGAUUUGAUCCUCUGACUGUUUGGUCCUCUGAAAAUAAAGUUCAGUUUUUGUGUUUUUUGACACCCGCUAACCUUUGUUAGCAUGGUGGCUAAUACGUCCACUUUAAGCCAUGAUGGAAAUGUUUCUACUUCCUGUCUGACAAAAUGACCUUUGUGACUUUUACCUUAGUUUUUUUUCCGUACAUGGUGACAUCACGUCAGCUGCAGGCACUUUAAUAAUGAUUUAGUUUAAGAAAUAAUAUUUUCUGGGUAAAUGACCCCUGAUUGGUUCACCGUUACAUUGAUUGAUGCUGUGUUUUAAUUGGCUAAGUUAACAAUGGUUUAUCUGAUCAGCUGACUGGAAACUUGGCUACACGACGACUGCCUCCCCUCUGACAUUAGCUCAUCUUCAUUAGCUACGCGCUAAAAUGACAAGCUACAUGGAUUGCUGCAUCAGUGUAGCAGUGAGGCCAUAUAGCUAGCUUGCAUUCUAACCAGGUAAUAAAUCAUUUACUUGAAGGUUAAAUCCUACAAAAACUAUUCAGUCUCAUCUUAAAAGCGACUGCAAACUUCACUAUUCAGUUUUUGGAACAUUUAUACUUCGUUCCUUAGGUUUUUAAUUAUGCAACACAGCUAGCUAAUAUAAUUCCAGGCGUCACUUCAGAAGUUGGCAGGUUGUGAGUGUGAUUAUCUUGUUUUCCAAAUGUUCAUGAGGGUGACUGAAUAUUUUCUCACAUUUAGUAAAGCCACUGGUGGUGCGACUGGGCUCUGAUUGUGUUGUUGACCUAAUUUUGGCUGACUAUAAUGUGUAUGUUUUUUUUGGCUCAUAAAAACUUCUAGCACGUCUCCCACACUUAUGAUUUCCACCUGUACAUUUGUCUGGAAGUCAAAAUUAGGAUUUAAAAUAUUUAGCAUUGUGAUUAGCAGAGCUGUCCAAUUGACCAGCCCGGCCUUAAUAUAGAUCACUCGUACAAGCUAGCAUGUUGGCGAACAGGCUAAGCUGGUGUGCUCUUUGUGGGUGCAGGCGAGCUAAUAAACUGAAGUCUUAUUUUUAAAUCUUGAUAGCUUUGUGAAUUUUUUUUCUCUUUUCAUCACAAAACUAAUUUCCACUCCAUCACUUGCUGGAAAAUAAAAGUUCACUGUGGCCACGCCUCCUCCCUCACCCUCUUCCUCUUUAUGCUCCUCCUCUUCCUGCUGUCAUCCACAUCAUCACACUUAUUUAGCUGCAUGUUUAAUUGACCAAGACCAAUAUCAUCAUAGAUACAAAGAGACAAAAGAUAAAAAAGACAGUUGUCAUACUUAUCCUCUUAACGAUUGAUUACUGUUGUUGUUGUUAUUAUUAUUAUUAAUAAUAUGUUUAUUUUUAUUUUCUUGUUUGGGAUGAAAACUUUUCUUUGAAUAAAAAGAGGAAAAUGUUUCUGACAA